UAAGGUAUUUGUCGAAUCCCCACCCGCUUAAAACCCCGACUCCUCUUUUUUUCCUCUCUCACGCUCGUGUCGAAGUCCCAACUCCUCAAAAUCUCGAUCUCUAUCCAUCGCAGGCUUAGCUGAUAGACCAUCUCCUGAAGGAGAAUCAUGGCAAAGCACCAUCCUGAUCUGAUAAUGUGCAGGAAGCAGCCAGGGAUAGCUAUUGGACGACUGUGCGAAAAGUGUGACGGCAAGUGCGUAAUUUGUGACUCUUACGUGCGGCCCUGCACUCUGGUGAGGGUGUGUGACGAAUGCAACUAUGGAUCUUUCCAGGGUCGGUGUGUGAUCUGUGGUGGUGUCGGCAUCUCUGAUGCCUACUAUUGUAAGGAGUGCACACAGCAGGAGAAAGAUCGCGAUGGAUGCCCCAAGAUUGUCAACCUCGGCAGUGCCAAAACUGAUCUCUUCUAUGAGCGCAAGAAAUAUGGUUUCAAGAAAAGAUGAUCUCUCGAUUUUUGCGUUUAGAGAUUACUUAACAUUGACAUAUGAUGAAGUAUGUUGUUCUAAAAUUUGAGUUCGGAGAUUAUGUUGAUUUCCUGACGUUCUUGUUGAGUCAUGUAUUGAUACAUAGAAGGUAUUUGCAAUUGAAAGGAGCUGAAUGCUUUGCUUUGUGAUUCA